UAACAUGAUUAAUAAUUCAGAUACACAAUUUUACAAUAUCUGUAAACAUUUAACUUACUGACACUACCGAUAAAACAUUUCUCCGAGCUUUUAUAAACCCAUUUAUGGGCAAGAAUUUUGUCAAUCACGUAGUCAUGACUAUUUUUCUUGAACGUCUGCGUCAACUUUAUAGGUUAAGGACAUUGAUGUUUUGAAAAAGAAAAAAAAAAUUGAAACAAACCCCACCCUUUCUCCAUGUCUUUCAUCUCUCUCACACCCACCCAAAAUCUCAAAAAAACUUUAAAACCAACCCCAAAAUAAAGGCAACAAAAGCAAAGCAUCUUCCUUUUGGGCCCUUCCCUCUUCUUUCCUUCUCUCCCCCAAGAACCAACAUAAAACCCUGCAAGCAACAACUGAGCAACAAAAUAAAAGGAAAUUCAUAAACCCAACAAGCAACAUUACAAUUUCAAAGCCAUGGAAGAAUCUGAUGGCUACCCAAAAGAGUGUUACACCCAAGACGGCCGGAGAGUGAUGUCAUCUUCAUCCACCACAAGCGUCCACGUCACGGCUCUAGACGGCCUGGUCAACGUCAACUCACUAUUCACCAUCGCAGUCUUCGUGGGUCUGUCUCUGACAACACCAGGACAGAGAAGCCUCGAGGGCAAGACAGCCUGCGACGCCGGAACCGGCGUAGCCAAGAAGCUCCUGGUCUUUGAGGUUGUCUCCUUCAGCUUCUUCCUCUUCUCUUCUCUGGUGGCGCAGGGCCUCAAGCUGGCAAUCAACUUGCUCAACAGCAAGGAUGUCGACGAGGCCUUCCGGGCCCACAUCAAUCUCAAAGUCUUGAGAUUUGGGAUGAUGGGUUCGGCCUUCGGGUCGGUGAUGGGCUGUGUGUUUUUGGUGCUGUCAAUGGUGGAUGUGAUUCAGAUCAGGUUGGGGAUGUUAUCUUGUGGAAGCAAAUCUGCUGUGCAUUCUGUUGCGGCUCUUGUCGUUUUGGUUUCCACGGCUCUUUUGGUCUAUAUUUCGACUGCUGUUUAUGCUUUUCUUCAUUAGCUGAAGCCCAAUUAUAUAUAUAUGUUUCUUGUUCAGUAUCAUAUUUUGUAUAAUUGUCUCUCUGGGUUUUGUCAAUUGGUCUUUGUUUUGUCUCAUUUUGUUUACAAGAGACGGUUUUGACUGGCCUUUGUUUGAAACCUCUGUUUUGGUUGGAAGAGAAAUCUGCAAAAGAUGGUAUCUUUUAGCUGCUUCUUUUGAGUACUCAGCUGAUUAAUGUUGGUUGGAUAUCUGGGUUAUGGUCGGUUUCUAGAAUUGCUUUGUUAAUGUUGGCUGGCAGAAGCUGCAAUUUCACUCAAAUUAGCUGCUGA